AUGGCACAGUUCCACCUGGCUGGAUGUCACCUCCAUGGCCAUGGAGUCACCCAAGACCACAUCAAAGCUGUCGAAAUGUAUCGCAGUCUUGCAGACCGAGGAAUGCCACAGGCUCAAGUCGCCCUCGGUCGAUGCUUUGAUAAUGGCGAGGGUGUCGAUCAAGACUUCACCACAGCCAUCGAGUGGUAUUCCAAGGCUGCCAACCAAGGCAGUGACGAC